UCUCUUUCUGCUGAUAUGCUUCUGUAUAUAAUUUUAUACGCCACUUUUAUAUAUAGUUUUGCUUGUAUAAGGGGUAUACUCGUGAAGUUCUUUACCCGUAAUCUCUGAGACCCAUGUCUGGAUUUGUUGCUUCUGCUCAAUUCUAGAUACCCCCGCCCACAACUAUUUGGUUGUGAAAUUGUUGGUGACUUGGUCUAUUGUAGUUGUGGUUGCUUGUUUAGGCACUUUGCAAUGUGGGUUAUAAUUAACCUAGAGAGAUCACCGCUUCAUUUCGAUUCCUCUACAUAUCGAUUUUACCCAUUUGGGUUUCUAUGAUUUCAUUGCCCUACACCCGAUGUGAGGAAAGUUUUGCUGUUAUUGAGUACGGAAAAGGUUUUAGAGUUUUGAGUUCUGAGCAACUAGUUUGCACUAUUGCUUAUUCGAUAAUGCAGCAAUCAAAAGGCUUGUUGUAAGCAAUUCUGAUGAGAUAAGAAUGGUGAAAUAACAACGUAAAAGCUUAUAGAUGCUGACAUUUUCUUUUGAUGCUGUAUAGUUUUGAAGAAACAUUUUUGAUGCCUCAUAUCCAUUAGACUACUCGACUAUCGAAAAUGCCUUUUGCAGGUAUGAACCCUUUUAUUCUUCUAUUGCAAAUUUCGAAAUAAGAUUUAUAAGCCUUACUGAAAUUAACUAUCAUAUGAGGUAAUCAAUAAACAUAAUUAAGAUGGGUAUGAUAAUAUUUCUUUAUUAGGCACUCAUAACUUUAACGUCAUGGACAAACUCAGAUUUAUACAAAUGCUGUCUCUGGAAAUUAGUUGCUAAUUAUCUCGUAAACUAAAUAAAACUGGCUAGGUAAGGGUCUUUUUGAAGUGAAGUAAGGCACUAUAUAUGCAUGCUUUUUAACCAGUUUAAUAAGUAAAAAGCACACUGAAAAGGAUAAAAAACACAUUAUUUGUUCCAAAGUAAUAUAAGAAAUAAAUUUGAAUUUUUUAAGGAACAAAAUGCUGCUGUUGUGGGAAUAGAAGAAGAGAAAGGAAGAAGAAAAGAGGAGGAAAGGAGAGAAAAAGAGAGAUUAUAAAAAAAUGAUAAAAUAGGGGAAUCUGCUGCACCAGGUACAUAGAGAGAGAAGAGAAGAAGAGAAAGAUACAGGAAGAAGGAUAAGAGGAGAUAAAGAUAAAGAAAAGAGACGCACACCUGCUUUUAGGAGAAAGAAAGAGGAAGAAGCUUGUCUUUGCUGUGGCUGCCUUUUGAAAUUGACGGGAGGGCUAGGGUUUGUUCAAAAAAAAAAAAAAGAGAGGUUCACCUGUUAUUUAGAAAAGCAUUGCCUUGUUGCUUGCAGAGUGGGACGGCCGCCUCCCAUGAUUUAGGCACCCUCAGAACCCUUGCCUGGCUUUGCACGCACCUUAGUAACACUUACUAAAUUGGGCUUGCCUAGUGGAUAACUAGUUUGGCAGCUGUUAAGGAUAAUUUUGAUUGUGAAUAACAUUUAAAAUGUUGUUUUUGUCCUAUUAUUUUUUAGGUGGCAUUUCUUUGAAUCUACUAAGAUUAUAGUUGCUUUCACUCCUAGCAGAACCUUGCACUUUUGUACUGCUGCUCUUUCUGGUAAGUGAGCUAUUGAUAAUUCAAACUAUUGGUAUGUUUGUGCUGUGAAACUAAUUGGACACUGAAAGUGGUAUAAAUUAGUUAUCAGCAUUUUGUUGCAAGAGACUCCUUUUCCUGUUUGGCACCUGUUUGAUUGUUUUCCUCCCAUCUCUUGCAAAUAAAAUUGAUGAUGUUAUGGCCAUCGAGGUGGGGGUGAUGGGACUAUGCAGGAAGAAAGGUCUGGGGAACUCUCUAAUACAACUAAACUUGAUGUUUUAGGUCAAGUUUCUCAAUAGAGCAGAGCACAUAUAAGAGUAACACUAGCCGUCUGAAGAAACAACUACAUAUCCUAUCCUCGAGUUUCUUUUGCAUGGUGUUUUAAAUAUCAGGCCUUUCAGUGAAAAUAAAGCUUUUGGUUACUAAUUUUAACUUUUAAUGAACCUCCUGAGUGUUGCAUUCAUGAUCCUUUCUUAGUAAUUAAUCGAAAAAAUCUCAUUUUUUUCCCAUUUAAUGUAAUCAUGUUCUACAUUUCUUAUUGUUGGUCUCAUGAACUAUUAUUCAAUAAAAGUUUGAACCUUAAAUUGGGAAUGUUUCAGAUCCAUUCAAGUAUCCUUCAUUUGCUAUGCUUUUAGACUGGCUAAAUACCCAUCUUAGCGUACUUAAGAUGAGCUAUGCAGUCAUCAAGAUAAUAAGAAAUAAAAAAUUAGAUUCAGUAUUACCUAUAAUAGUGAUUGAAUUUGUUAGGGCUACUUGUAUUUUCCCUUUUCAUGAUUGUGUUUAUCUAGGUAUUGGGGGUUAGGGAUUUAUCAAGAUCCUUGAUUUUAUUGAUGACUGUCAUUUUUCAAGCUGAAGUUGGUAUAGAGCUAGGGGCUUUCUUGUUACAUUUUGCAAACUUAGAUCACACCUUUUUUGCUGUUGUUUAAGGAAAUUAUGCAACAACUACUAAGACUUAAUCCAACUGGUAGGAGUUGGCUAUAUGGAUCCUUUUUUCCCAUUUAGCUCUGCACUUAGUUGCAUCAUUAUCCAAAAUCUUUAGAUACUCUGUAGUCUUUUCUCCAUGUCAUCUUAGGUCUCUCCCUUCUCCUAUUAACUUAUAGAACUCCUUAUUAGAGCAUUUGAUGCUCUAUGUUGAGCAUGACCAAACCAUCUCAAUGGACCCCUUUUCAUUUUAUCUCCAAUAUGUUCUAGAUCCAUUUUUUGACAGAUGUCAUCAUUUCUAAUCUUUUCCAAAUUGCUUUAUCAAAUAUUCAUCUUACCAUCUAUAUUUUUGCCACUCAUUUUGUGGUAUGUUGUAUUUUAGAUUCCCAACAUUUACUCCCAUAUACCAUAGCUAGUCUUAUCAUAGUCUUGUAAAAUUUACCUUACACUUUGGUAGGGAUCUUAGGGUUGCAUGAUACACCAUUUCAUUCCUUCAGUAUGUCCAUUUUGCAUUGAUCCUUUUGGUUAUAUCCUGACCUGUAGCUGCAUUAUUCUAUACCCUAUUACCUAAAUAGUUGAAUUGAUUGCAUAUUGAUUUAGGCACUAUAAGUUCAUUCUAAUGAACCUCACUUCCAUUCCUUGUAUUGGGAGAUAAAUUUGCACUGCAUUAAUUUGUCUUACUAGUACUUAGCUCAAAAACCUUGCUCUCAAGAGUCCUCCUAAACUCCAACUUCUGAUUAACUUCUUUACUAGUUUCAUCCUCUAAGAUAAUGCCAUCUGCAAAUAACAUGCACCAUAUGAUAUUAUCUUGGAUAUGAGUAGUAAGCUCAUCCUUCAUUUAGAAAGUUUUACUUGUUCAAAUUGUAAUGUCUUGUGUACAUUUGCUUGUUGAGUAUUUCUGGAUGUACAAUAGUCUUACCAUACAUAACAAUAAUGCUAUUGUAUUUUCAGUUAAUGUAGAUGGAAAUUGUUCAAAAUUGAAUACUUAUCAAGUUGAAUGGUUGCUUCAUAUAUUUCUGAAAAAAUUGAAUGACAACAUGCAUUGCAAUUCCAAGUUCAUUUGUGUAGUUGUCUCUGCAUAUUUACAAAUUUUCUUUCUAUGAUAACUGAGAGGAGAUAAGUCAUACUACAAAAAGAGUAUUGAGCACCUUCAGUUUCUGGGUUAUCGGUAUUCAAAUUCUUCCUUGAAGUGUUGGGAUCAUCAAUGAUUGAAUUAAAGAUCACAAGUUUUACAAGCUAAGGUAAGUUCAGUUACAAUAUUGAGAUAUGGAAGGAAUAUAUAAAAUUAAAACUAGACAAGCUUAGAAGUUGAUAAUUGAUAUGAAAAGGAUACAGUUCAGCGGCUAACAUGCAUUGUAUCUCAUUAGGGACUUCAUCCUGUUCCAUGGGGAAAAAAACAAAAGCUCACAUUUUUCUUGAAAUCUCCUAGCUAUGAUGGCCACAUGAAUGCUAAUUCAUCUAACCUGAAAGGAAAUUGAACAAUAUCUAAUAGCAAAGAUUAAAGAAGAAAAAGUUUUUAGUGGCAAAUUUUUUCCUGGAAGGCGAUGAAUAGGAAAAUACUCUUGUUAGCAAUAUACAUUAUUAGGUAAUUAAUAGCCAUGAUACUGUAAUCCUGUAAUUUAUGAUGAUUUCAUUUUUGUCGUCCACAUUUAUGAUAGAGUUGAUUUAAAUUUUAAUUUCUAGAAACAGUGAACUGUUGUGCUAAACCCUGGUCAGUAGAGAAUUAAUUUUCUGCCAACUUUCUUGUGUGUGAACUUCCAUAUGUGUUUCUAUGUUCAUUACUUGUUUCGGUUGCCAACUAUCUGGUCACAUUUUAUUGAUAGUGAGUUGUAGGAAGUUUCUUUCAUAAAAUUUUUCUGACAGAUGCCAUUUCAAUUUUUUUAGAAAUUUGGUUUUUCAGGUAAAGACCUUUUAAGCAUGAUGAAAGUCAUUCUUAUUGAUUUUGUUUCUUCUCGAGCUCCCAAAGGACGUAAGAAUAAUUGGGUAUGCAAGCCUUGGAGGUUAAGUAUUACUUUAAGAGUAAAAUGAAUCAAAUGACCAGCAUUCUCUUGUUAUCUCAUGUGCUUAUUGCAUGAAAUUGGAGUGUAUUAGGUACUAUAUAGUGCAAGUAUCCAAUAAUUUCCAUGACCACUUUGACCUAAGCUUAUGAUGGGCUUGCUUAACACGUCUGGCCUGCUUUCGUUCUUUGUCAUCUUAUAACUUCCAAAAUUGCCCCUAACAAAUUCAGAAGAUUAAGUGACAGGUAGUUUAAUGACCUUGCGGUCGUUGGGAUACCCUUUACACAGGCGGGACAUUUGUUUUGCAUUGCUUUCAUGCAUCGUUUGGCAUUUAUGGCUAUUCCAAAUGUAGCUCAUUGCCGAUGAGGUCAGUCAGAAGCCGUUUCUGCAUGCAGCUUUUCAAUGGCAACUUUCUUUUCUCAUUUGUGCAUUUUGUGGCUUCUUUUAUAAAAUUAAUACUAUGAGGUUUGUCGUUUAUAUUAAUUACUUUUAACCGCUAUGACCCGUUUCUCCCUCUUGAAUUAAUAUAAAGGACGGUAAGAAGUAGGGUCUUGUUCAACCAGAAAGAAGAAGAAAAAAGAAGUGGGGCAUUGUUGCUUAUCACAAGGUUUCCUUGAACUUGUGAGUUCUCAUCUUUUCUUCUCUAAAGGAGCUCUUAGAGUAUCUUUCAACUUCAACAAUGUGUUCCCUAUUAGUUACUGGUAAAAAAAAAGCAAAGAAGCAUGCAGAUGCCCAUUCAUGCUUCUAUUGCAAAAAAGUAUUCAGCAACCAUCAAGCUCUUGGUGGCCAUCUUAGGGUUCAUCAAGGGGAGAUUAAGUCAAAGAAGGGAUUGAAUUCUUCUGGUUUUUCCAGUAAUUCUAUUGAAAUUAUGGGCACCCACCUUAAUCCCCUCACCAACCUCCAACCUGAGAAUUCCUCCGAAGCUAGGAAAAGUUUGCCUUUCUUCGACAAGGAAGCUUCUCAAUUCAGCUUCUAUAAGAGUUGCUGCUUGCAUGAAAACAGCCUGGUGAAUACUAGCAAGUUCACCAGUAACAAUCUUGCAAAUGGUAAAUAUAACCUUAUCAUGUCUCCAAAUCUUCCUACUACUGGUGGCAGUGCUGAAAUUUAUCAUCCAAGUUGCUUAAUCAUGGCCGCAAUUCCUUCAAUUAGAAAUGGAACCACAUCCUCAAACACCUUUGCUUCCCCUUUAACCAUUGGAUUCCCUUCUGAAUCUUCAUUUUGUUCAGGCACUGGUGAAGUUUCUCGCUUUAAUUCUGAUGAGUUUCUAACCUGGAGGGAUGCAAUGCCCUUCAUCUCGGAAAAUGCCUUGCAGAACCUUGAGUGUUAUGAUCUUAGUAAGUUUCCAUAUCCGGCAUUUGCUGUAAUGAAUACUUUUCCAGGUGUUGGCUCAAAUCAAUUUCCCGGCUUUGGCUUUGGUAUCUUUCCUUGGGGUCCAUGUCAAUGUUUAGGCCGAAAAAUAGUUGGUCAGUGUGAUGGUAUAGAUGCCUUGUAUUGUGAAGGGAAUAAGGAGCCGUAUAUGAGUGAUGUCCCUGGGGAUGCUCCCGCGACAAAUACGUCAAAAAGGCUAAAGCCUACCUUCUCUUCUCUUGUGCAGACAGAGAAGCCUCAGAAAGAGCUACUUUUCUUUAGGGAUUUGGAACACUCCUCUUCUGGCUUGGGGGUUCCCUCUGAUGCCAAAGAGGAAGUUCAAGUGGAUUUAGAUCUAACUCUUCAUCUGUAGUUUUGCACUUUAUGUCUCAUAUGUGUGUGUUUUCCAACUAGUUUAUGUAUGUGUUUAACAAAGGGAUCAAGAGUGUUGUCUUUAUGAAUAAACGUUUGCAGUUUCGUGUUAAAUGUAUCCUUGAAUCUUGCAUCUGCUUGAUUAGUUAUGAAGUUAAGUUCUCAGCAUCUUCUCAAAGAGGAUUACUUGGGAGUCAAUGCAAUUUUCAUUAUAUGACAAGUAAAAUGAUGUAGAAAUAGGUAGCUGUUUGGGAAUGCUAAUAGAGAUGGCUUUGAAAGAAUCUCACAUGGUGAAUAGACGUGCUGGAGGAAGAAAGAACUAGGAUAGUGAAGUGAGAUUUGUUUCUAGGUGUAGAGGUGUGUUUGAUAUGGAAUUGGGUUUUGGUUUCAACUGUUUUUCAUGUUCUGCUAAAAUGCCAUCAAGUGUUGUUUUUAUUGUCUGAUUUGCUCCUAAUUAUUUCAUUGUCAUUAUGGACAUGAUGCUAGAGCUUGUGAAGUUGUGUAAAAGUUGGCCUUGGUGACUCUCUAGUGUUUUAGUUAUCAUGAUAAAGCUUUGGAAACUUCCUGCAGAGUGCAAAGAUUUUGUAUGCUAUGGUUAUUUUGAAGGACGUCAGCUUAAAUUUGUAUGUAACUGUAGAUGUUUAUUUUUUGUUAUGAAUUGCAUAUCUGUUGUUCAUCCCAAAACACCAUGGAUAAGUUUUGGAGCCAAGGACUGCAAUUGCUACUUGCAAAAUGAAAAGUUGCCCAAAAGAGAUGUAUUUAGUCAUGGUAUACAGAUCAUUUGGGUUCUGAGGUUCAGUCAUUUCUGAGAACAAGAUGGAGCAAUGUAUCUCGUACUAUUCUGAUUUUAUUGAAUGUGAAACCAAGAUGAACCUUUUUAUGAAUGCCAAAUUCCUAAUC